AACAGGACGACUUGGCUCCACUCUAACGGAAGUGGCGUAGAUUCCGCCUCGCAAUGCCAUUCGAUGUUUUUUGGCGUGAAAUUUAAAAUCCAGUCAUCAAUUUACUGGGACUCAUAACAGGAAAGUGUCCAUGGCGCAGUUACUGGUCCCCAGCUCCUCGUCUGUGGGCCUGAGAGGUGCCCCGAUUUCCCCUGAAUGCCAGCCUUCCCCCAUGACCGAGCUCACCAACUGCUUCACGGGACUCACCGCCUUCCAGACAGGAGACACGCCCCGGCGUUGUCUGGACUUGUCCAACAUCAGUAAUGGGAGCCUGGAUGAGGCUGCAGCUCUGUCUUCUCCACCUGGCGGCCCCUACCUAGAACCACCUUCCUGUUCAGUUGUGGUACCAGAGUCACCCGUUCCCAGGACCAGUCGCAUGAAGAGGCUGAGGUCCAUCUUGCCCAGAUUACUGUGCAGCAGCCCCAAACCUCCGCCCGGUGGAAAACCUGCCACCAACAAAGAGAAUGUGAGUCCUGAAGACUCGUGGGCAGGUAAGGGCAGGUGUUUGAUGCCCUCUCUGGAUGCCCAGGUGCCCGGCAGUGAGGAGACGGGGGGCAUGGUGAGCCCCAUUCACCUCACUCCCCCCAUCUCUCCUCACAUGUCCCCGAUGGACGCGUUUGAGGGCCUGCAGGAGGAGCAGGGAUCUGUCAAUGUGGCCAUGUCGUCUAGUAUGGCGCUGCUUCUCUCUGACCCCCUCAUGAGCCAGCACCUCAGCCUCUCCUCGGAGGCGUCCAUGAGCCGGAGACCGGGCCGCCGUUUGUUCCGCUCGCCGUCCAUGCCCUCGAUGCCCGAGCGGCUGCAGCGCCCCCUGCUGAAACGCCCCCGCACUUCGCCGCUCACGGCCAAACCACCAAUCAAACGCCACCGCACCAUCUCCGCCAUCUCGGAGCAUGAAGCCGAGGCACAGAGCCCGCCUGCCAGCACGGAGGGGAGGCACCUACUGAAGAAGACUCUGUCCUUGUGUGAGGUGGCAGAUCAGCAUCUGGGGGGAGAUGUUAAUGCUGAAUUCAUCGGAGAUUUCACUAAGGUGCAUGCUCUACCCAUUGCGGCUGGUAGGCAUCAGGACCUGAAGUACAUCAGUGUGGAGACGAUGUGUGACCUGCUGGAGGGGCGCUACAGCUGUCUGGUGGAGAGCUUCCUGGUGGUGGACUGCCGCUACCCUUAUGAGUAUCAGGGAGGACAUAUCAAGGGAGCCUUGAACCUGCCCAACUCUGAUGAUGCGGUUGAGCACCUUCUCUCUCAGCAGCUGAAAGCAGUCUCCCCCAACAAGAGGUUUCUACUGGUGCUGCACUGCGAGUUCUCCUCAGAAAGAGCUCCUCGCACAUGUCGGCUGUUGCGUAGUGUGGACCGCAGCAGGAACGAGUACCCAGUGCUGACGUAUCCUGAGCUCUACAUCCUCAAAGGCGGAUACCAGGAUUUCUUCCACUCCCUCAAAGAGUUCUGCGAGCCCCAGUCCUACUGCCCGAUGCUCCAUGAGGACCACAGGGAGGAGCUCCUGCACUGCCGCCAGAUCAGCCGUGUCUCUGCCGAGGAUCGUCGCCGACGGCAACACGUCAACCGCCUGGGCAAACUCUGACACACUCGCACAUACUUAUUCAUAACCACACAAACAUACACAUGCACUGGGACACACAUUAAUUCAGUGUUAUUCACUCACACGAUGUACUGAUGAUCUCUGUCUCUCUCUCUCUCUAUCUCUCUCUCUCUCUCUCUCAUUCUCUCUCUCUCUCUCUCUCUCUCUCUCUCUCUCUAUCACUCACUCACUCACUCACUCACUCACUCACACUCUCCCACCCACCCAGAUGUGUGACACGAUGGUGCUAAUCAUGUUUGACAAAUCUCAGACUGUCGCCAAUUAGAAGGGCAAAGUGUGUGUUUGUUUGUGUGUAUGUGUGUGUGUGUGUGUGUGUGUGUGUGUGUGUGUGUGUGUGUGUGUUUUAAUGCUGUAAUGCAGCCUGAUGCUGCCUUGCUGCUGUUGCUCCACUCUUUCCCCAGCCACUAUGUCUCCUCAGCUCCAUUAGAGCUGUCAGGGACUAGAAAGAGCCUGUGACGAUUUUACAAUCUCAAUGUGUCGGCGUGUGUGUGUUUGUUUGUGUGUGUGUGUGUUUGUGUCUGUAUACGGACACACCUGCCCUGUUUACACAACAGUAGAUCAUGAGAUUAGUUUUUUCUUUUGUAUUUUUUUGCGAACUGCCAAAUAAUGUGAACCAUAUGCUGGCCAACUGCUAUGCAUGUUAAUUGAGUUUGCAGGGCCAUGUUUUAUCAUUAUUGGAGUCAUUCUGUGCCGAUGACUUUUGGCUGAGCGCGCAACCAAUGCUUCCGAGUUAAGACCACAGCAUGUGUUUCAGCAUCCACUGCCAUAGUGAUAAAACGUUUAAAAUAAACAUUUUAUA